AUGGCUUACUUACAAAUCAAGGAUAAUACAUUGGCGGUUGAGGCCCUCGCAUCUCUUGUCGAAAGAUGUAGCACCGAUUCGAAGCUCGCUAACGACAAAAACAUACACAUGAUUAUCAACACGGAAAAGCCCAUAGGGCUAAAAAACGACUACAUUCCGCGCAUUGUACCGCUCAGUAACUGCAAAAUGCAUAAGCCUAGCGAUCUACGGAUCUUGCUAAUUACGAAAGAUCCAUCGACGCUUUACAGAAAAACUCUCACUGAGGACCCCACGACUUCUGACUUAUUCAAGACUAUACUCUCUGUCAGAAACCUUAAGGGCAAGUACCGUGGAUCCCGUUUGAAUCAGCUUUUUAAAGAGUACGACAUAGUUGUUGCAGAUUAUAGGGUGCAUCACUUGCUACCUAAAAUACUCGGCAGCGCUUUCUACCAUAGCAACAAAAAACUGCCGUUCAUGAUCCAGAUGUCUCGCACCGCUAAAGUAAAACGAGAAAAACUUCCCGAAGAGUGCGACGCCGCAUACGUGCGUGCUCAGCUCAAAAGCAUUUCUAGAAACACGUUCUUCGUUCCCAACGUUGACAACUGUCUGAGUGUGAAAAUAGGUGAAGUGGGCCUUCACUCGCCACAAGAAAUGGCUCAUAACAUCCAAGAUAUAGUUCAGUUUCUCACUGACAAGUCCAAAAAACCUCAGGGUGGUGUCAUCAGAGGCGGUAUAUCUGGAAUUUUUGUCAAAACUAGUAACAGUGCCAGUUUACCAAUUUUCAAACCGGAAAUAAAAGCACAAGCUGAACAAGACGAAGAGCUAAGGUUGUGA